AUGAUUAGCUUUAAAAAAGGCUAUAAGAAAAAACGCCCUCGUCAGGUCGAAUCACAACGGCUUCAGAUCCUCCAGUGGAAUGCUGGAGGGAUGUCACCGGACAAGAAGAUCCAAGUCCAGAAAAUCCUACAAACCUAUGAUGUAGACAUUUUCACAAUUAUGAAAGCAAACAUUUCGGAUGACAAACUGAAGUAUUACCGAUUCCCAGGUUACACCCUGUACAAUCUACCUAAAUACCGGCAAGUUGCAAGUGGAAUUCUAACUGGAGUAAAAGAAGGCCUCACCUCACACUACGAUCUAAUCAAGAGUAUGGGCUCGACACAAGACAAAUGUGAAAUAAUCAGAUUAAAUGUUUGGAAAUGUCAAAAUCACUUCAAGAUAUAUGCAGUCUAUAAUCCACCCCAGAAUUGUCCAAACUUUGACUUUCUGAACAUCUCACACAAAACUGUAAUAUUAGGAGACUUCAACGCCCAUUCCACCAGAUGGGGCUACAAGGAUACAAACAUAGCUGGAAAGGAAAUUGAAGACAUGCUUAACAGCAACCCUCUGGAACUUAUUUACAGCAAUGAGGAUCCGGCUACAUAUUUGCACUGCAAUGGAACCAGAACAACUCCUGAUUUACUCUUGGCUUAA